UGGAAACUCUGGUGUUACUAUAACCCCAUUCCUCCACUAGAAUUUUGCAGCUUUUUUUUCAUUUGGGGUUUUAAGAUAUGCUCCUCUCUGCGCUUUUAACGUCAGUAGGAAUUAAUCUGGGUCUAUGUUUGCUAUACUGCACUCUCUACUCUAUUCUGAGCAAGCAGCCCAGUAACGCCGAGGUUUAUGCAUCACGCUCUGUUGCUGCGAAAGAAGCGCCAGCAGAAACAAAUGGCUUCAAUUUCGAAAGAUUGUUGCCCACUGCGGGUUGGGUCAGAAGGGCAUGGCAGCCCUCUGAAGAUCAGCUCUUGUCUGUCACCAGUUUGGAUGCCGUGGUGUUCAUUCGCAUGUUCAUCUUCAGUUUGAAGGUGUUUGGGUUUGGUGGGAUUAUUGGGGUUUUUGUUCUUCUGCCAAUAAACUUUCAGGGGACCCAGCUGGGGGAGGAUUAUUCGGAUUUUUCCUACAUGUCUUUGGACUCGUUUAGUAUUUCAAAUGUGGAUAAUGGCUCAAACUGGUUAUGGGUUCAUUUUUGUGCAGCAUAUAUUUUCAGUGCAGCUGUCUGCUACCUUCUUUACGAUGAGUACAGUUAUAUCUCAUCAAGAAGAAUUGCUCAAUUCUAUUCAUCCAAACCUCAGCCUAAUCAGUUCACAGUAUUGGUUCGUGGUAUUCCUGUCCUAUCUGGGAGCAGCGGCAGUGAAACCGUUGACAGAUUUUUUACAGAAUAUUACUCUUCUACUUAUCUUUCACACUCGGUGAUUCGUCGAACCAGCAAACUCCAACGUCUCACUAGUGACGCAGAUAAGGUUUACAGAACGCUUGCCCGUCUAAAGUCAGAAAAGGAUCCACAGCAAAGAUUCAAGCGUGAUGGGCUUUUUGGAAGCAAAGUAGAUGGUUUGGAUCACUAUGGAAAGAAAUUGGAUGAUUUAGAAGAUACUGUUAGAUUGGAGCAAUCAUCGUUGGCAGGAAAGGAAGUUUCAGCCGCCUUUGUGUCAUUCAAGUCCCGGCUUGCUGCUGCAAUAGCUGUAAACAUUCAACAAGGAACAAAUCCCACAGAGUGGGUCACAGAGGGCGCUCCUGAGCCUCAGGACGUUCAUUGGCCCUUCUUUUCUUCAUCUUUUCUAAAAAGAUGGGUCUCCAAGCUGGUGGUGGUGGUUGCAUGUGCUGCUCUUACGAUUCUAUUCCUCAUUCCAGUUGCAAUCGUGCAGGGCCUCACUAAUCUUGAACAGUUAGAAACCUGGUUUCCUUUUCUCACAAGCAUACUGAAUUUAACAGUCGUCAGUGAAGUCAUAACUGGAUAUCUUCCGAGUCUUAUUCUUCAGUUGUUUCUUUCUUUGGUGCCACCCAUCAUGAUAUUGUUGUCAUCCAUGGAAGGAUACAUCUCUUUCAGUCAGAUACAAAAAGGUGCAUGCACGAAGAUGUUGUGGUUUACUAUAUGGAACAUUUUCUUUGCAAAUGUACUAUCAGGAACAGCUCUCUCUCAAAUCGAUAUCCUUCUUGAGCCCAAAGAGAUUCCUGGGCUACUUGCUGAUGGUGUUCCAGCACAGGCAUCAUUCUUCAUUGCAUAUGUUGUGACAUCUGGAUGGACCAGUACUGUAUCAUCAGAACUCUUCCGCUUGAAACCCCUGAUUUUCAAUGUGAUAAAAAGACUAUUUUCAGGAAAGAAUAGUGAUGAAUUUGAGGCUCCUUCAAUUCCAUACCACAAAGAAAUUCCUAAAAUUCUAUUAUUUGGAGUCCUUGGAAUCACAUACUUCUUGCUGGCUCCAUUAAUUCUACCGUUCCUUCUGGUUUACUGUUGUAUGGGAUACCUAAUCUUUCGCAACCAGCUAUUGAAUGUAUAUGCACCCAAGUAUGAAACUGGUGGAAAACUUUGGCCUACAGUGCACAAUUCAACAAUAUUUUCCUUGGUACUUAUGCACAUCAUUGCGAUUGGAAUAUUUGGGAUUAAGACGCUUCCCUUAGCUGCUAGUUUGAUGAUUCCUCUUCCAAUUCUCACUCUUCUUUUCAAUGAGUACUGCCGCAAACGAUUUCUACCGAUAUUCAAAUCAUAUCCUGUUGAGUGUUUGGUAAAGAAAGAUAUAGAAGACCAGAGUGAUCCUUCAAUGGAUGCAUUUUAUGAUAAAUUACGCACUGCGUAUGAGGAUCCGGUUUUGAUGCCAAUCCAACGUCAAAGAAGCAGAGAUGGCUACAACUCUCCACUUCUUCCCCGCUGAAGUCUGAAGUAAGCAAUCUGUCUUCUUUGGCCAUACUGGCAACCAAAAAACCAAUAAACAACUCCUUGUGUCUCUGUGUUCCUGUAAAAUAAGUAUAUGAUCUGUAAUCUGCAGUGUGUUAGGCUUGUUUUCCAGUUUCCAUUUGUCUUUGAUUUGUUCAUUCUUACUGCUGUAUUUUGUUCAUUCUUCCUGCUGUAUUAUAGACAUGAUUUUCAUAAACAAUGUAUAAAAUACUCUUUAUAUUCUCA